GCUGCUGCUUCUGCCAUUUGGAAACUUCAGUUGUUGUUUACGUGUCGAGUCGUCUUCAUUUCCACUGCCAACACCAACAAAUUUGGCCAAAACUGGGAAAACUUGAUGAGCCAACAGCAACUCUGAAGCUCUGAAGCGUCACGCGAACUGAAGGACGGGCAACCGAAGACUGAAGCUGGAAAGGUGUUUCCGAAAGGUUCGUCGUCGUCGUCGUCUCUGGAUCUCAGAAUAUAGCCGCGGCGUUUGUUUGCUUUCCUCUCCCGCCUCCCAUUGUUUUGCCCCCGCUCUGGGGAUCUUUUGAAUUGGAAUCGGAAUAAAAGGCAAACACAACUUGGAGCACAAUGAACAUACACAUGAACACCAACACGCUGAAGUACAUCAGCCUGCUGACGCUGACGCUCCAGAAUGCGAUCCUUGGCCUCAGCAUGCGCUAUGCCCGCACCCGGCCCGGCGAGAUCUUUCUCAGUUCAACGGCCGUACUAAUGGCGGAGUUUGCCAAGCUGAUCACCUGCCUGUUCCUGGUCUUCAACGAGGAGGGCAAGGAUGCCCAGAAGUUCGUUCGAUCGCUGCACAAAACCAUCAUUGCCAACCCAGUGGACACACUGAAGGUGUGCGUGCCAUCGCUGGUUUACAUCGUCCAGAAUAACCUGCUGUACGUGUCCGCCUCCCAUUUGGAUGCGGCCACCUACCAAGUGACCUACCAGCUGAAGAUCCUCACCACGGCCAUGUUUGCAGUGGUGAUACUGCACCGCAAGCUGCUCAAAACGCAAUGGGGCGCCCUGUUGCUCCUGGUGAUGGGCAUUGUUCUGGUUCAACUGGCCCAGACUGAGGCUCCCAGUAGUAGCUCCGCCAGUGGAGGAGCUGUGGCAGCCACCGCCGCAUCUGCCGCCGCUGCUGGAGCGCCUGAGCAAAAUCGGAUGCUGGGCUUAUGGGCUGCAUUGGGAGCCUGCUUCCUGUCCGGCUUUGCGGGCAUCUACUUCGAAAAGAUCCUCAAGGGAGCCGAGAUAUCCGUGUGGAUGAGGAAUGUGCAGCUCAGUCUGCUCAGCAUUCCCUUCGGCCUGCUCACCUGCUUCGUGAACGAUGCCGGCAGGAUCUACGACCACGGUUUCUUUAACGGAUACGAUCUGUUCGUUUGGUAUCUGGUACUCCUGCAGGCCGGCGGUGGCCUAAUCGUGGCCGUCGUGGUCAAGUACGCCGACAACAUCCUCAAGGGCUUCGCCACCUCGCUGGCCAUCAUCAUCUCCUGCGUGGCUUCCAUUUACAUCUUCAACUUCAAUCUCACACUGCAGUUCAGCUUUGGCGCUGGGCUGGUCAUUGCUUCCAUCUUCCUGUACGGCUACGAUCCAUCCAAGGCGGCGUCCAAGUCGACGGCGGGAAUGCAGGUUUCCGGCUCAGGCGACGAGGAGAAGCUGCUGCCGCGCGUGUAGUCCCGAAUCUGGCACGGAUGAAAAACGUCGAACAGUAUUUGUUGUCCACCACCACAUUCAUUCGAUGAUUGAUGCAAGUUCUCCACUGUUUGUGUUGUGUUUUGUAUAUAUAUCUGUGUAUAUAUAAGAGUUUAUAUGAAAGUCUGGACAAUUUAUGAAGCGAUUUCGCCUGCAAAUAUAUACAUACAUAAAUA